GAAUUGCGAGCCGGCCUUGAUGAUCAGCCUUCAUCAUCGGGAGCGACUGACAGGCGACCAUCCGCCGCGAACAGUCAAUCAACAUGGGCUCCCUAUCAGUCAGAACACUGUCAGGUUUGUCAACCCAGCCAUUCGCAUUCGCAAAUAACGAGGGACAGGACAUUUGCACUCUCAAACACGCAGCCUACCGGUGAUUAACAGAAACAGUGAUCAAGCUUAUACCCAGUGAAUUUGGCGCGCACGCACACGCACCCGACCACACCCCUCACUUAUACUACACGCCUCUCGCUCACGCAGCAGCCCAAAAUUAACGGCAGACCGCGCCAAGGACAGUUGCAAUAAGGGGGGCUUCUGCAGCACUCCAAGUACCUUAAAUAAAUACCCAAUAGCCGCCGGUGUAGCAGCAACGAUGGCAACGCUUUCGCGGCAGCAGCAACCUCGGCGCCGCGGAGCCGGCAUUGCCCGGCCCUACUCGUCCGCCGCCUCAGCGGCCUCCACCUCCGCCUCUGCUGCACUGCUGCUGAUGGGACUGCUGGCUACUAUGGCAGUGCCUGCGUCCGCACAGCUGGAGCAAAUAUUCGACCCCUCCGCCGUGGCCGGCGUCGUCGGGUCCGCCUACACCCCCGGCGGUGGCGGCCUUGGCACCUCAGGCCUGGGCCAGGGGCUGAACGGGCAGGGCUGGGUGGGGCAGGGGCCCGGCCUGGGCGGCGGUUUGGCAGGCAGCGGCUUGGGCGGCGCGGCGGGCCUGGGCAGCAGCGGCCUAGGGCUGAGCGCUGAUCCCGGCAAGGGGAAUGUGGGCAGUGGCGGCCUCCUGAGCAGCGGCGCAAAGGCCGUGCUCGCGCUACUGAAGGGCCUGGGUGUGCCUCCGGCUCUGGCGCUGUUCGUGGUGCGGUCACUGGCGCGCAAUUCCAAUGUGGUGGCGACCGUGGCGGACGCCCUAACGCCCUUAAACCUGCUGCCGGGCUCCGACGCCGCAAACUCCUGGCUCAUCAACCCGGCGGCGUUGCUCAACACGGCGAGUGGCGCUGGCGGCGGCGCUGGUGGCCUGCCUGCGGGCGGGGUGGCGGGGCAGGCGGCGCCGCAGGACGGUGUGGCGGGGGUGCGCCAGCUGACCGACGGUGCCGUGGGCCGUAUCACGGCUAGCCUGAUUAACCGCCUGUUCCCACGGGUGCCUACGGCGGUAACGCCGGCGGCAUUGGGCGCCGCCAGCACCCUGCUUGGAGCCGGCGGCAGCGGCCUCGCCGCUCCCAUCACCAGUGCAAUUUCCAACAUUGGCAUUGGUGGCGUUGGAAAGAGCGGUGGCGGUGCCCUGGCGCAGUCAGCAUCCGACCUCGGCGGCGUCGGCUCAGCAGCAUUGGGCGCCUUGGCUGGCGGCCUCCCCUUGUUCGGCUACUUCCAGCUCCCCACCACCAACUGGGCCGGCCAGCAGCAGCCGUCGGCAGGCAGCAGCGGCCGUGACGGCAGCGCGGGUGGGAGCAACAACUCCACCAACAGCGGCGGCCGCGGCAAUGCCAUUGGCGGCGGCCGGUGGACCGCGGGUACUGGCCUGGCGCCUGUGGGGUCAGCCACCGCCCGCGACUGGCAGGGCUUCCAGGGCCAGCUGCUGUCUGACAUGGCGGCUCAGACCCAGGCGGCCCGGCGGCAGCUGGACGCACAGGCGGCGGCGCUGCAAGACCUCAUGACCAACGCAAACGGCACCGCCAACGGCACCAGCAGCAACACCAGCAGCAGCGUCAACGGCACCAACGGCAGCAACAUGACGGGCGGCAGCAACACGACGGGCGGCAUGUGGGGCGCGUAUGACGCCGCGCGCAGGGACCGAGCCAACACGCAGUACGAGCAGAUGCUCGACCAGGUCUGCAGCCAGUGGGGCCUGUCGCGCUUCUUCUCCGGACUGUCCUCCACCCUGGCGCUCUCCAACUCGCCCUUCUCCCAGCUGUACGACAGCUACGCUCGACUGUACGGCCAAACCUUCCAGGGGCUGGGGUCCACGGGUCAGCAGUACCUGGACCGGAUGUGCUGCGACCUGCUCAACACACAGCAGGCCGGCGGCGCGGGCUACAGUGCCGGCGACUUCGUGGCGCGGCGCUGGGGCGGCGGUGGAGUCGGAGGGGGCGUCGGCGGCGGUGCCCGCUCUGGCAAGACCAAAACGGCUGCAGCUGCUUCUGGUGGCACCGGCGGCAGCUCCAGCGGUGUUGGCGAGAGGCAGCAUCAGGCGCAGAACCAGACGCAGACGCAGCAGCAGCAGCAGUGCGACCCCCGCAUGUGGUUGGCCCGGGCUCUAGGCGCCACCAUUGGUAACGGCAACAGCAACGGUGCCCGCGGCAGCAGCAGCGGUGACGGCAAUGCUAUUGGCGGUCUUAACGGUAGCGGCAGUGGCAACGGUAGCACCAGCAGCGAUGGUGCGAAUCUGUUUCAGCAGGUCCAGAGUAUGCAGCAGGCAUACCAGGAUUGGAACAACCAGGUGAUCCAGUCGGUCCCGGGGCUGUCAGCUCAGGGGCGGCUGGCGCAGGACGUGGGCACACUGCUGGGCCAGCGGCUGGGGCAGCAGUGGGCCACCGGCAGUAGCACUACUGACGAGGCCAACGGCGCUGGCAGCAGCAUCAGUAGCGGUGCCGGCGGCAUCCAGCAGCAGCAGGCGCUGCAGCAGGCGUGGGAGGACUGGCAGCGGUGGGUGCAGGGCAGGGGGGGCAGCGGCGACGUCACCCAGCAGUCACAGCAGCAGGAAGGCGGCGGCGCCGGUGUUGGUGGUGGUCUGACCCAGCAGCUGCUGCAGACGCGGGCGGCGCAGCUGUUUUCGUCUGCGGCCACCGCACCGCCCUCAGGAACCGGCAGCAGCGGUGGCGGGCGCCGCCAGCUCCGGACAGCAGGUGUUGUGUAAAAGCAACGAAAGAUACGGCAACCGAGUUGAUUACGGAACUGGUGUUAUGGUAGUUGGCGGCUGGUGGGCUGGGUGGGCAAGCAAGUGUGGCGGGCGGGCCGGCCUUACUUACCUGCUGCGUGCACACGUGGCGCAUGUGGUGUGCGUGCGUGUGCCUGUAUGUGUGUUUGACUGCAAUAAGUGACAGACCGGCGGGGCAGGCGGCAUGGCUGGCUGGGACACACGUGAUAAGAAAAGCAUUAAACAUUGUUAGCUAGCGAGCCCAACAUAAGUGAUCGUUUUUUGACAUUGAGCGGUGGUGCGGUUCCGUACGUAGGUAGGGAGUAGAAUGCAUCUGUAUGCAUGAGCUACAAUAGGGAGUAGCGCACCCCGAGGCAAGUGGCGGACUGCUGGUGAUGAUUGCAGGACUUGGCUGGGGAGGCAAGUGGAAUCCUCACAAUGUGCCGUAAACCGUUGGAACCGUGCCUUGGAACCCUUGGAAGAUAAACAAUGCAGUUGCAGGCCACAUGUUGAUCCUAUCCACAGA